AUGGUCCCCUGGCUCUCAGACCACCUCAUUGUCUCUCCUCCCCAGCCCAUGGUCCCCUGGCCCUCAGACCACCUCAUUGUCUCUCCUCCCCAGCCCAUGGUCCCCUGGCCCUCAGACCACCUCAUUGUCUCUCCUCCCCAGCCCACUGUCCCCUGGCCCUCAGACCACCUCAUUGUCUCUCCUCCCCAGCCCACUGUCCCCUGGCCCUCAGACCACCUCAUUGUCUCUCCUCCCCAGCCCAUGGUCCCCUGGCCCUCAGACCACCUCAUUGUCUCUCCUCCCCAGCCCACUGUCCCCUGGCCCUCAGACCACCUCAUUGUCUCUCCUCCCCAGCCCAUGGUCCCCUGGCCCUCAGACCACCUCAUUGUCUCUCCUCCCCAGCCCACUGUCCCCUGGCCCUCAGACCACCUCAUUGUCUCUCCUCCCCAGCCCACUGUCCCCUGGCUCUCAGACCAACUCAUUGUCUCUCCUUCCCAGCCCAUGGUCCCCUGGCUCUCAGACCAACUCAUUGUCUCUCCUCCCCAGCCCAUGGUCCCCUGGCUCUCAGACCAACUCAUUGUCUCUCCUCCCCAGCCCAUGGUCCCCUGGCUCUCAGACCAACUCAUUGUCUCUCAUCCCCAGCCCAUGGUCCCCUGGCUCUCAGACCAACUCAUUGUCUCUCCUCCCCAGCCCAUGGUCCCCUGGCCCUCAGACCACCUCAUUGUCUCUCCUCCCCAGCCCACUGUCCCCUGGCUCUCAGACCAACUCAUUGUCUCUCAUCCCCAGCCCACUGUCCCCUGGCUCUCAGACCAACUCAUUGUCUCUCCUCCCCAGCCCAUGGUCCCCUGGCUCUCAGACCAACUCAUUGUCUCUCCUCCCCAGCCCACUGUCCCCUGGCUCUCAGACCAACUCAUUGUCUCUCCUCCCCAUCCCAUGGUCCCCUGGCUCUCAGACCAACUCAUUGCCACUCCAUUUGUUCCUACUGGGGCCACUGCUGAGACCACUCAGGUGGAACUGAAGGAUGAAGGAGAGAGAAAAUGA